AUUCAUACCAAAUGUCUAAGCUAUGUGUUGCAGUAGUCAGCUAUCUCUUCACUCGAACUUCUCACACUUGCUUUACUUCGAGUCUUUAGAGAUCAUCUUAGCUGAGGAUGAGUGUUGAAUGCAAGCCUGCAUCAGUUGGCCCAUGGGGAGGCCAAAGUGGUCAUGCCUGGGAUGAUGGAAUGCACACCACAGUAAGGCAAAUAAUUAUAGCCCAUGGUUCUAGUAUAGACUCUAUACAAGUUGAAUAUGACAAAAACGGUAGCUCAGUUUGGUCUGAAAGACGUGGAGGAAAGGGAGGCAGGAAGUCUGAUAAGGUCAAACUUGAUUACCCACAUGAGUAUCUGAUUUCAGUUAGUGGAACCUACGGUAGCUUUGAUGCCUGGGGAAAUAUAUGUGUCCGAUCACUUACUCUUGAAAGUAACCACAGAAAAUACGGGCCGUUUGGUGUUGAGUCAGGUACAUUCUUCGCAUUGCCAAAGUCAGGGACGAAGAUUAUUGGGUUCCACGGGAAGGCUGGUUGGUAUACGGAUGCCAUUGGUGUUCACAUUCAACCAAUUCCUAAAGAGAAUCAUCCUUCGUCGAAAAUCGUUUUGCACUCGCAUCAAAAUUUUCCUAAUGGUGACAAGAAGCAUGAGUACUCAGUGAUACAAGGAAGUGUAGGGCAAAACUUUGAUAUAGUUGUUGCCCUCAGGCAGAAAGAUCCAAAUUUGCCUUCUUUCGAAUCUCGUGAUCAUGCAGGUGCUGAGAUCCCCAAACAAAAGUUGGUGACAGAUACUGAGAAGUCGCAGUCAAAAGUUGAAGGUGGUGCGAAAACAUAUGGACCAUGGGGUGGGACAGGUGGUAUCAUGUUUGACGAUGGUAUUUAUACCGGUAUAAGACAAAUCAAUUUGUCACGCAGUGUCGGGGUUGUGUCGAUGAAGGUCUGUUAUGAUUUUAGAGGACAGGCUGUGUGGGGAAGCAAGCAUGGUGGCACGGGAGGAUUCAGACAUGAUAAGAUUGUAUUUGAUUACCCAUCAGAGGUUUUAACACAUGUAACGGGAACGUAUGGACCGUUGAUAUAUAUGGGACCUAAUGUGAUAAAGUCACUGACUUUCCGCACUAACAAAGGGAAGCAUGGACCUUUUGGAGAAGAACAAGGACCUUCUUUUACACAUAAAAUGGACGAGGGUAGAGUUGUUGGAUUCCUUGGAAGAGAGGGUUUGUUUCUUGAUUCCAUUGGUGUUCAUGUUAUGGAAUGCAAAAUAAGUUCCCUUAAGCCAUCAUCUCCUCAGAGUGCAAUUAUUCCUUAUAAUAACUCUGGCACUGUGGAAAUCGAAAAUUCCCCGUGGGCUAAUAAGCUAGUCCUUGCAGCAAACGGCCAAGGCGAAGAGGUUGAGCGUGGAGUCGUCAAAGAACCAACACCAAGCGGGCCUGGACCAUGGGGAGGCCAAGGAGGUCAAUCGUGGGACGAUGGAGUAUUUUCAGGGAUCAAGCAGAUAUUUGUGACGAGAGGAAAUGAUUCUAUCUCUUCAAUACAAGUAGAGUACGAUAGAAAUGGACAAUCUGUUUGGUCCACUAAACAUGGUGGUAACAAUGGAGUCGCCACACACAGGAUUAAACUUGAGUAUCCAAACGAAACCCUCACCUGCAUUUCAGGGUUUUAUGGACCACUGAACAAUUCAGACAGAUCAAAUGUCGUCAAGUCACUGAGUUUCUUCACGAGCCGUGGGAAGUACGGUCCAUACGGUGAAGAAAACGGGACGUUUUUCUCUUCGACUACAACACAAGGAAAAGUGCUGGGGUUCCAUGGAAGGAGUAGCUGUAACUUGGACGCCAUCGGAGUUCAUAUGCAGCAUUGGCUUGGCAACAAUAAGCCGUACUAUAGCAGGGCUAGCUGUUUCAAGCUCUUCUGAUAGUCUGAUAAUCUUCACUGCGCAAAACAAGAACUCAUCUCACCUCGUAUGGUUCAAUUCAACAGACGCUUACACUUUAUCUAUCAAGAGUUAUAAAUAUGGUCCAUUUGACGCACUGAGUUUUCUUUCAAAUUAAUAAUAAUACUUGUUUCUAUAAACAGAAUAACUACAAAAAAUUUAUGGAAACAGAAGAGUGUGUAUUGUAAAAUGAAGUAACAUUGGCA